CUUCCAACCCAAACCAUUCUAUGAUUCUAUGAUUCUAAUUUUGUGUUUUCUCCCCCAGAGAUGACUCGGCUGAAGUGGAUGUUUACAACCCAACGAAGAACGAGUGGGAUAAAAUCCCUGCCAUGCUCCAGGUCCACGUUGGGGGCAGCGUGGCCGUGCUGGGUGGGAAGCUCUACGUCUCUGGUGGCUACGAUAACACCUUUGAACUCUCGGAUGUCCUGGAGGCCUACGACCCCGAGACACGAACGUGGAGCGUGGUGGGCCGCCUCCCCGAGCCCAUCUUCUGGCACGGCAGCGUCAGCAUAUUCCGACAGUUCAUGCCCGAAACCACCCAGGAGGAUGACAGCAUCACGCUGGUGGACAACACCAUCAACCUCAACAGGCACCCCCCCCCCCCCACACCUCUGGCUCCACGCGAGUUCGUUUUGUGUUGCUUUGAGAGAAGGCAGAGGCAAAGGAAACACAAACGUACUGAGGAGAGAGGGAGUGGAAAUUUUGGAAUGCUUGACAUGCUGCUGCGGAGCCGCCGCCACCGAGCGAGGCCGAGGGACCCGAGGGGUGAACUCUGA